AUGACAAGCCGAAGAGCACCGCUGGCCAACGUGCCGCAGGCGGUGAACUCGCCGUUUCGCAAUGGUGUUGUGGGGAGCGGGAAGCGUUCGAAUGCACACUUGGGGCAUGGAGGACAAGGCCAGCCGCCUGCAAAGAAGCAAGUGAUCGAGCUAUCAGACGACGAUACUGAGAAUGUCGACCCACGGAAGAGGAACGGCGUACCGCCCACCGCAUUCGAACAAAAGCUUGCAGCUGCCCGAGAGAAGAAGGUGGCCGUUCAGCAACCGACUACGCAACAAGCGAAUACAGAGCGAACGCAGAAGGACCUUGCUGCUGAUGACGUUGACGCCGUUCGACAGUGGCAGCGCUACUACCGCCGACAGUUCCCAACUUUCGUGAUCUACUUCGACAACUUACCGGACGAUGUACGUUCUCGAACAUUACGGCAGAUACUGUUGCUUGGUGCCAGAGAGGAGAAGUUCUUCUCCAAGUCCGUAACACACGUGAUCACAACCCGACAGAUUCCACCUGAGCUCACGAGUACGAGCCCCGACGAAGAUGGCAGGUACGAUGUUGGCCAUGUCACGCACAACGAAGAUGCACGAAAACCCAUCAGUCACGGCAGCGACAUACUGACCCGAGCCCGUCACCUUGGCAUCAAGAUCUGGGCACUAGAGAAACUUCAACGCAUGCUCAGCCUGCUCGAGGCUGGUGCAGCUGACGAUGUUGGCGUUUCCGUCACUCGAUCUCAGGUGGCUGCCAACAAGGUGGCUCCGAAGCCUACCAAAGACGCCGACCUGGAGCAACUUCUCCGCAACGAGAAGAUCACAGGUCCGACCGAUCGAGACAUGACUGUCGCUGCUCAGGACAUGUGCGUUCUUCAAGGUAUCUACAUCUACAUCCACGACAUGAACGAGCAGACGAGACCCGUCAUGGUUAGAGACUACACCAAGCCCAAGGAGAAAGAGGCAGGCAAGUGGCCACAGUUUCGCCUUACCGGAGAAGGUCGCUGCCCAUUUGUUGAUGACCCUCAGAUGCGGAAGAAGGUCGUACAAGAGCAAGCAGCUCGUGCUCAAGACGAGCUUGCUGCUGUGCAACGCCAGACACGUACUGCAUCUACUCAACAGGUUGCCAAGCCCGCCGCAAAUCUACCUCGUGUCCUCAGCGAGCAGCAGACGAAUCUCAGGCGUUCACCUCGGAAGCUAGACUCGAAGCCGCUGGCACAAGCCGACGCAGCUGCCGCGCCUCAGCCGGCUAAGCCUUCAAGGCAGUCCUCAACUCAAGGUAUGCUGCCAUUGUUCGGUAGUGCACAGCACAGCCUCCGUGGUACACCUCGCAUGAUCGGCGGCGAGCCGGUCGCUUCUGGCAUGCAGCAUUCGAACAUUACGUCAGCCAUUCGCUCCCAGUACAUUUCUUCGACGGCCAUCUCAUCUACCGCACCUGGAGCGAACUUCCGCGUCGGCGACAGCAAGGAAGUUUCGGCGCUCAAACGGAAGGUGCUCGAACGUGGCGCCAGCGUCCCUUCGAACCAUAGCAUGCCAUCAUCGUACAUGAACGACAUGCGCGCCGCGAUCAACAACGACCGUGACCCACCACCACGUGCGGCGAAGCGGAAGGCACAGGAAACUCUUGGUGUACUGUACGAAGAUGCUGAGGAUGGGAGUCGAGCCAGCAAGCAGAGGAAGCAAGCCCCGAAAAGGCAGAAACCUAUCGAGCGAGAUCCGAAGCCGGGAUACUGCGAGAACUGCCGUGACAAGUUCGACGACUUUGAUGAGCAUUGCCUAUCCCGCAAGCAUCGCAAGUUCGCCUUGGCGCAGGAGAACUGGGCGGAACUUGAUGCGUUGCUCACUCACCUGAAAAGGCCGCAUAAAGUGGUCCAGUAACGGCUCCCUCGCAUCCCAUCCCCCCACUCAUGAGCUUGCCCUCGUCGAAAUAUCCUUCGGCAUCACCAUUCGCGAACCGACGUAACAGGUUGCUCAGCAUCCCCUCGAAUCAGCGUCACAAACGCACAGCAUUCACUUUGGUCCACAGCGACGGCGCUGAUGCAUCGCUUGCUUUCUCUGUACAGCUUUUGCACCCGUACGCGUAGCGGAUGGCGCUCCCUAGCCUUGUUUCGCGAUGUGUCGCGGAAGAACUUUGGCAUGUCUAGGAGGGCACGACUUAUGCUGGCAUUGAUUGAGUGCUUUUGAGCUGUGGCGUAUCGAGGCAUUGGCGAAGCAAGAGCAUUUUGUACGGCAUGCGCAUCGAUGACGCGAGGUCGGUGCGUAUAUACGUAGCUGUAUACGCGCUGAAGAGGCGCUGUAACCCAAAUAUCGCAGCUAUUUUGUCGUAUGUCCGAUGUACACAGUGAACCGUGCAUAAAUCUGCGUGCCUG